AUGGUUAUAUCAUGGAUGUUUAAUGUGAUCGACAAGAGUUUACAUUCGAGUGUAGCCUAUGCGCAGACUGCAAAAGACAUGUGGGAGGAUCUCAAAGAAAGAUAUGCUGUUGGAAAUGCUCCGAGGGUUCAUCAACUUAGAAGUGAAAUCGUGAACUUGAAACAAGAAGGAAUGACAGUUGCUGCAUAUUAUGCCAAAAUAAAAGGCAUGUGGGAUGAAUUAAAUCAAUACAUCGAGAUACCUGAGUGUACUUGUGGAGCAGCUCAAGCAAUAAUGAAAAGUAGAGAAGAUGAGAAGGCACAUCAGUUUCUCAUGGGUCUAGAUGAAACUACAUUCGGGACUAUGAGAUCGUCUAUCUUAGCCCUUGAUCCCUUACCUACUUUGGGAAAAAUAUAUGCGAUGGUUACACAAGAAGAACACCAUCGUAGCAUGGCCAGAGGAGCUGAUCGUGCUGAAAUAACAGUUUUUACAGCAAAGACAGAGAAACAUGAGGGACAAACAAAUAAAAGUGGGAGUUGUACAUAUUGCGGAAAGACGGGACAUGAUGUUGCAGAUUGCUAA